AUGGAACAAGAUUGGGAAGAAGCCAGGCAUCGAGCGAUGCAAGGUCGUCUACACAGCCUCAGAAUUCGGCUUAUUGAUCUUGCGAAUAACUUGGCCAAUCUUACAACAGAACAGCUGGGCAUUCAUUGCGGUGCCAUCGUUGAAGACCUGCGCAGCUUCUCUUAUGAUUGCAUGGCAGAAGGCAGGGACAGACUCGAUGAAGCCCAGUUUCAAUGGCGACUUGGGGAAAUCGGGGAAUUAAUGGACUUUUCUGUUGACGAGGAGCUCAAAAAUAUUGAACGAGACGAGCAUCAUAAGCCUAGGAUGACAAGAGAAAAGCGCAGGGCCAUGUUGAUGGAUCUCCGAAUCGACAUUCCUUUUACUGAGUUGUGCUUCGUCCCGUGCGAUGCUUAUGACUUCUUCAUGAACCUCAGAGAGAAUCUCAAAGACCUCGUUGUUGAUGAGCUUAGGCAUCGUGCUCACAACCACCACGCUAUGGCUCGCCUUCAGUCUGCCAAGGAAGAGCAAGAGUCUAUCACUAUCAAUGUGCUUGAGCAGGAAUCUAGGGAGCUGGCAAUCCGCGAUAACGUUUACAGAUGUCACUGGGCGGUGAACCAAAUCGAUGCAUAUCAAAGGUAUCUCCAGUUGCCAGUCACAGACGAUAUGGCAUCGGCAGCCGUGGAGGAGUAUGACGACUGUGUAGAAUUGCAGUCACCGUGUCCGCCAGGGAUGAGCUUGCUUGUCCUGGCUCGUGCAGGAGAUUGGUGGUUCGAUCAACCAGUGAACCCUUCUGCCAAGAAACCUCGUUCUCGCGGGCCAAUGCCUAACCUCGAGGUUAUAACCAUCACUCGCAGCCAGCUACGAGAUGAUCAUGAGUUUGUGGGAGAUGCUUUCAAAAAGGAGAUUCUUGAGGUUCAACUGUCUCUCAAGAAGUUGGACAUCGACUUUGAAAAGACUAUUGGUUCUCAGUUUGGGAUUGUAGUUGCAUGGAGGUUCGUUGGAGGGGAUGUCUGGAUGGACCGUUAUGGUCAUAUUGUUCCGAAGAAUGUCAUUGACGAGUCAGCCAUUCACAUCGGUCGAUCAUGGAGUUCCACCAGAGAGGAUUCUUUGUUGAUUGCAUUGUUGACUGGCGUUUAUGGGAAUCUCGAGUCGAUGCCAAGAUGGGGUGACUACACUGAAGACUGA